AUGGCUUCAGGAUUCAAGAGUCUUCCGUUGGCCGACAAUGGACAUGAUACCCAAAAAGCAGGUGAGAUCGAACCCACAUGGCAAGACAAUAUCUCAAAGUUAUUCAGUGCACCCUACUGGCUUCCUGAAGGCACUCGCGAAUCCGUCGGAGCUUCAUGGGUCGCCAUGAUGAAAUUCUGGGGACCCACCGACCUGUCAAACUACGAUCAUGUCAAGAAAAAGGCCACAUCCAUCUACCAACACUGUCGAUUUAAAUCCAUGCCUCUCACAGAUGAUCCAUCUCAAUAUUUCCCCGAAGAAGCUCUCGAGCUCAUUCGGCACUGGACAAAUCAAGGGUACAGGAAAGUCUCGACGGACCCCAUUGUCCGUGAGACCGUCAUUCCGGAGCCCCAUGAUCCACCAGUGACAUGGAGGAACAGAAAGGAUAUCCGUAAUCUGACUCCAGAGGAACUGCAGACAUACCGGGCUAAGCUCGAAGAUAUACUUGGGGUUGGGCGGGUUAAAUCCAAGUGGCAAGAAUUAGAAUUUCUGCAUGCAAACUGGUGUCUACAUUACCAAGAGGCAACCUUCCUAUGGCAUAGGGCUUACCUUCGAUACGUCGAGGAGCUGAUCGACUUUCCUAUCCCUUACUGGAAUUGUCUCGCAGCCGAAUCCAAGGACCCAAACUCGGAGUUUUCAGGACUUCCGAAGGAGUUCUGCGAUGAGGAAUAUGAACACCCAACGAAAGGGACGAGACCGAAUCCUCUUAGGUACGCUCUUGCCCUCAUCGAUGAUCCAGAUGUAGAGAAACAUAGAUUUGUAGAGCGGGACCCUAUAUUGUAUUCGAGAGAGGCCGGUGAAGAGUGGAACCGCAAGGUUAGAAUGUUUGAGCUUUAUCAGGAACAAAUUGGAUUCUCUUUACAGCAAAAAACAUACAGUCAGCCGAUGAAUAUAACGCAAGAGCAAGGGCUACCUUAUGGGACCUCUUGGGCAAGUAUCCCCGAAUUUGACGAAGAGCAACUAGACGAAGACUAUCCUUAUCGGGCAGAAUUUGACGGGCUAUUCGAACAACCUCACGAUAACAUUCACGGGUGGAUUGGCCCUGAUAUGGUUUGUGAUAAGUUCUCAAGCGCUCCAAGUAUUUCAAUCAUGUUUUCUGAAUCAUUGAAUAGGCGAACAAUUCCUUUACCGGAUUCGACCCUGUGUUUCUAA